AUAAAUAAUAAUAAUAAUAAUAUAAUACCACAACCAAUACUACUACUAAUAAUAAUAUUAAUAAUAAUAAAACCAUUGUUACAUAAUCGGAGCGUAAAUAAUCAGCGUCAUUUAGAAGACAGCAAGUUGUAAUCUUGAAAUUGCUUUGUUCUAGUGAUGACAUGUAGCCUUGAUUAUUGAUGUAAUUUUUGUUGUUUAGUAUAUUCUGAAAUAACUACUUUAAAAAUAUGAAACGAUUAAUAGAAUAACUGUUGUUACAUAUGCAGUUGGUGACUCUGUUACUAUAGCUAAUUGUUUACCUUGUACCAUAAAUUUUAUGUAGGAUGUUUUAUUUGUUUUACACCUUUUUUGAGAGUAUAUGUUCAGUAUAGGACGUGGUUUCACUGGACUCAACCCGACCUGUAAGAUCAAUGCAAACACCACGAAGAAACCUUGUGAAAACUUAUAAUUUUCUAACCCUGCCACACUGUCAGAAAAAAGGGUCUGUCAAUUGUACCCUUAGCUGUAGGUACUUGUACCUUUUAAGGUACAUAAAUGGAGUCUCAUGAGCAUUUCUGUACCAUUGACGGUGCAUUAAUGCUGUUUGUACCUUUGGAAUGUUCCUCAGAGUCCAUUUCUGAACCUUAAAAUGUAUAAUUACAAGGGUACAGCCCCAGUAACAAUCAAAGGUACAAGUUUUUACCCUUUUUUGUGAGACUGAAGGUGGAGAAUGCAGACUGACAACAGACCCUCACCAGAUGAGAAUAAAACCCUUUUGAGAUUAUUUUUGUCUGUUGGAAGUAGUCAGUAGAAAUAUCGUUGAGUAGUGAUAUGCUUUGGAAUCAAACAGGACAAGUAACACGUUUUAAUCAAGAUUUUAUAUUUCUGCUGUGAUAACGUACCCUAUGAAAUGCUUAUGCACAAAUAUGCCCCUCAGAAAAUUCAGAAAGGCCAUUAUUUUCGGCAGACACGCGUGAAAAACAUGACAAUGAGCCAUGAAACAAGUGUAAUAAAAAUUAUUGCUGGAAAAGAAAGAAUCGUGUGCAGACAUUCCAAGUCUUGGUACAGAUAGAUUAAGUGUGAUGCACCAUUAUCAGAGAUUAAUAACAUGUGUAGCCGACUUUGGACAAGGAGAGUAAAUUGUGCUUUGUGGUGGAGAGCUAAGAAUUACUGUGCAGCGUCUGUAAUAUGAAACAGCUGCAGAGAGUGAAUGUAGCUGCUGUUUUUGUUGGAUGUCUGGUCGUCUCCAGCUGAAACUCUCUGUCUGCCUCACUCAGCCCCCCCGCCUCCCCAUGGCAUUUCUCACCCCCACCGUCCGGCCACACUAGCCGCGCAUCACUGAAACAUGACGGGCCCUUCGCCCCCCAUGCUGCUCUCUAACCGGAGUCGCGGGGGCCUCGCCGCAAUGGCCGCCAAGCGGGACAACAUGACGGGGGAGUGGUCCGACUUGGCUAAGAGGAGUCCCACGGUGGCGGGACUCUACAUGACGCUCGGCAUCCUCUCCAAUGUCGUGGCACUGGUCAUCCUGGUGAAGGCCUAUUACCGGAUGAACCGGCGUUCCAAGGCGACCUUCCUGCUGCUCGCCAGCUCCCUGGUGGCCACCGAUUUGGCCGGCCACAUCAUCGCCGGUGCCCUGGUGCUGCGACUCUACCUGCUCGAGGCGGGACUCGACUCCCCGGAUUCCACGUGCAGCUUCCUGGGUGUCUGCAUGGUCUUUUUCGGCCUUUGCCCACUCUUCUUGGGCUGUUCCAUGGCGGUGGAGAGGUGCCUGGGCGUGACGAGGCCGCUCCUGCACGCCUCGCUGGUCAGCACUGCACGCACUAAGCUCUGCCUCUCUGGCAUCUUGCUGGCGGCGCUGUGUGUGGCCCUCAUGCCCAUCUUCAGUCUGGGUUCCUACACCUACCAGUACCCAGGAACCUGGUGCUUUAUCAGUGUCUUGAACAACGUCGGACCCCAGGACCUGGCAUUUGUCCUGCUCUUCUCUGGACUGGGCCUGGCGUCUCUGGCCGUGGCGUUUGUCUGCAAUACCAUCAGCGGGCUCACGCUGGUUUGGGCGAGGCUGCGCAGGAAACCCCGUGGCUGCCGCUCCACCAAGUCCCACGACAUCGAGAUGGUGGUGCAACUGGUGGGCAUAAUGGUCACGUCCUGCAUCUGCUGGAGCCCCCUGCUGAUUUUGGGCUUGAUGUCAGCAAUACGAUCCCACAACGAGUCGCUGGGGGAGGACCUGGAGAAAUACCGAUAUCUAAUGAUGAAGGGCGUGCACCUGGCCGCUUUGAACCAGAUCCUGGACCCUUGGGUCUACAUUCUCCUCCGUCGAGCCGUGCUGAGGAAGAUCUGCCUGGUCACCAAUCAGCCGGCAAACCUCAGGGAGAACGCCUCCCGUCGCUGGGAGGACAGCUCCUUUCGGGGUUUGGAGAAGUCCUCCUUAAAGCGGACCUGGGAGCAGCACGCAGCCCAGGGCUUCCGGGGGGGUCACCUCUCUGGCAGGGGUGGCAGGGACAGACAUUUGCUUCAUCCUUGAAGGAUGUUGGCUUCCCACACUGUCAGGAAAAAGGAUACAGCCCUGGCAUAGUUUCGUACCCCAAGGUACAAACAACAUUAAUGUACCCUCAAUGGUACAAAACAAAAUCCUCAGAGUCUAAUACUGUGCCUUAAAUUAGACCAAAAUGUACAUUUACCUUACAUUUUCAUUUACAUACAGUUAGGGUACAACUGGCAGACCCUUGAGGGUACAGCCCUAGUGACAAGUAAUUGUACCCUGAAAAGUACAAAUUGGCACUUUUUUUAGUGUAGGUAUCAAAAUACUGCCAACUGAUCUUCUUGUUUGAAAGUUUCAUUCUUAAUGGGCCACGUUCCCAAUGUAAUGUUCUUAUGUUGUUACCCAUGUCAGUGUCCAUCUCUUUUUCAAUAUAUUCGAUUUCUGUCUACUUUGUAGAUUUAUUUGAAGCCUGAAUUCGCAUAUUUUUCUGUUAUUGUGUCAUAUAAAGUUUCUGUUGUAUAAUUCCAUGAUAGCUGCUAGGGGAGGGGCUUAACAGUGCAGUGCCUGUUAAACGUAGCCUGCUUGGGGGAUGUUUCUGACCCUACAAAGCUGAUUGCGUCUCAAUCACACACAUUUUUCUGUCACUUCAUGUAUUUUUGAAAGCUGUGUAUGUGUGAGUAGUUUUCUGUUUUUGUUUAAAUAUUACAAAGCUGGUGUUUGUAACUGUUCGAUAUAUAUGAACAAAGUGCUUUUACAUUUUCUUGAAAAUACUAUGUAUGCAUAUUUUUCCCAAUUAUCUGGGAAGCACAAUAAUUCUAAUGCAAGAAUAAAGCUGCUGAAAAUAAGAUAAUUUAAUUGUUGUUCUCAAGCCAAGCUUGGCACAACGCAGUGUUAUCACAAUCAUGACCAUUGCCUCUUCAUCAGAGUUCAAGAAUAACUUCAGCUCCCCUGCAGCAACAGCAUUUAUGAUAAUGAAAACUAAAUUACACUCUAAUAAGUCAUUUCAGGCUGUCAGUGGCCGGAAUGAUUAAUAAAACUACCUGCUUGACUUGUCGCUUGUCUCUCUCCAGGU